GCACAUUCACCACGUUUGAGAGGCGCGGAAAACAUGCUUAUAAAAACAGGCCACGGCACAGGCCUGACCUGAUAUGUCUCGUCUAUAGACCUUGUUGAACAGAAGGGAUGAUUGGUUGUAGGAUUAGAAACUGCUGUAGCAGAUAAUUAUGUAUGUAAAACGUGCAAUAAUAGAAAAAUGCAUGGGUUGUGGACGACUAUUUUGCAAGUUUUAAACCACGGGGGAAUAUUGGAAUUCUAAUUCUCAUUCUAAUCACAUCCGUUUUGUAACAAGUUAUAUAGGUGAUCGCUGUGUGGACUGGUUUGGUGCUCGUCCCUCUCAGAAUUAUUUUCGUUUUAACUCGGGUUUUACAAUCUCCACAGCCGCGCGUGUCUGUGACCUCCUUUCCACUGUAGGAUUUAAUGUUUCGCCAUAGGUUUGAUGUAGGGGGCGGCGCCUUGGAGAUUCCCAUCAGGAAACGGUAACGAAACACAGGGAAACGCAUUUACGGCGCGACUGUUUUUAUUGGUUAUCGGCGGAAUUCCACCUAAACGAGUAUAAAUGCAUACAUCAAAAGAUAUUCAAUCAAUAGGAUCAAUGCCUCUCACGCUGAUAAAAAGCAUAUUGCAAAAAACUCUAUCGAUGCAUGGCUUUCAUACAGAAGCAUCGUCGGUGCUGUGGGAGAACGGUGCCCUUUACCAGAACAGGCAAGUUGCUGAGGUUGAAACUGCUGUUCUUGCAAAAGUUCAGCCCUGGCUUGAUUGAUGCCGGGAGGCCGCUGUGCUAUCAGUGUCGCAGUGGCUCACUUUGGGCAGAGCAUGUAUUUCUUGCUCUGUGGCGUGAUCAGGCUCAAAUGAGGUGCAGAGCAUUGCGCCACACUCUGUAGGGGAUGGAGAUCCAGAUAGAGUUUUAUUUUGUUUGUUUUGGUUGGCCUCUGCAUGCAAACAGACUUGAGGGAGGAUGUGAAAACGGUGAUCUCAAACGGAGCACCAACACUGACCACAUAGUUAAGAAAGCCCAGCAGAGGAUGUUUUUUUUCUUACGCAACUCGGAAAACACAGAAGUGAACCGGCAACAUCUCCUUCAGUUCUACACAGCCAUGAUCCAAAGUGUUCUGACAACCUCUAUCCCAGUCUGGUAUGGGAGCCUGGAUAACUACUCCAAAGGCAAACUGGAAAGGAUUGUGUCCAAAGCUGCAAAAAGUGUCGGCUUUGAUCUCCCUUCCAUUUCAUCUCUCUAUUCAAGACGUACCUCCAGUCCUGCCACGAAAAUCAUCUCCGACCCCUCUUCUGCUUUCCCCCUGCUAUGAGGACGUACACAAGUGUGGGCGCUGCCAGGUGGAGUUCACCAGCCUGGAGGCCUUCAUCCAGCACAAGCUGCAGAACAGCUGCCUGAGGAGCCAAGAGGGGCUGCCCACCCAGGCACCCAGCAAGAUCGUGCAGGAGCACAGCCCAGAGCAGGUUGUGUUAUCUGAUGGAGUAGCUGUUACAGCAAUAGUAGUCGAUGAUGGUGCUAUUUCUUCAGAAGAGGUGGAGAGGCCCAGAAACACAGAUGAGGCAGGAGCAAGGGUGUUACACUCUGGAGGGCAUCCCAGGCGAGCUAUCACCGGAAGGGACUGCAGUCUCUCUCAGAGCUCGGGCGCCAACCUGAGUAGGGGGCUAGACGUCUCCAAGAACACCUACCGGGUCAAUGAAGAAGGGCGUUUGAUCUGUCCCCUGUGUGAGAAGACCUUUAAAACAACAAACAUCCUGAGGACUCAUCUCACCACCCACAGCGACAAGAAGAGCUUUCAGUGCAAUCUUUGUGGGAAUGCCUUCAGGACUAAGGGCUCACUGAUUCGCCACAAUCGGCGGCACACAGAUGAGCGUCCCUACAGGUGUAAUCUGUGUGGGCUGUGCUUCAGGGAGUCGGGGGCUCUGACCAGGCACUUGAAGUCCAUCACCCCCUGUACCGAGAAGAUCCGGUUCAGCCAGUGUAAGGAGAUCCUGGUCAAUAAGGACGGUGUACAGAAAGAACUGGCGACUGACUCCUGUCCCCCUGCUGAGCCUGUGGUGAACUUGGCGACCAGUUCCGAAGAGGAGAUUGUUCACGAAGUCCACGUGCAGAUGGAGGUAGACGGUGCUGAGCAGCAGGCAGACCCCGCCGCCGUGUCGGAGCCCAAGGCCGCGCCGCAGACGGAGGGGGAUCAUCUGAUCAGCCAAGCCAUCCUCAACUCCGGCAUCGCGCUGGAUGGCGAGAGGGGGGGAGGCGAGGGCCGGCCCCCGGAGCUGUCCCUGUCCGCUCACGACCGGAUGGAGGACAUCCAGGUCACGGAAGAGUGCGUGGAGGCGGAUUCCGAGGACGCGUCGGAGCCUUCAGAGAAAGAGAGUGAGGAGAAAGGACAUAAAUGCCCUCAUUGCAAGCGGGUCUUCAAAGCCCCAAACUACCUACGAAUACAUGUGAAAGGUCAUUUGGGAUGUAAGCCCUUCAAAUGCGUGGAGUGUCCCAAGGAGUUCCUCACAGGGUAUCUGCUCAAGAAACACAUGGAGGCGCACCUCAGUGAGCGCCGGUUCAAGUGUGGGGAGUGUGGGAAGCUGUACAAGACCAUCGGCCACGUCCGGGAGCACAUGAGAGCUCAUUCCGACGAGCGUCCCUACCGCUGCAACAAGUGUGACAAAGGCUACAAGACCAAGAAUGCUUUGCAGGUGCACCAGCGCACUCACGGGGAGGAGAAGCCAUACGUGUGCCAAUUCUGCUUGCGUGGGUUCCGGGAGAAGGGCUCACUGGUGCGCCACAUCCGCCACCACACCGGCGAGAAGCCAUUCAAGUGCUACAAGUGUGGUCGAGGGUUUGCGGAGCAUGGCACACUGAACAGGCAUCUGCGGGCCAAAGGGGGCUGUUUCGGAGGAUUGAAGGAGUCUGAGCAAACUGAGGCAUCAGAGGAGCAACCCUCUGCUGAUAACGUGGCUGCUACUAUCAUAUCAGAAGACCCUCAUGCAGUGCUGGUGGAGUUCUCUUCCGUGGUGGCAGAUACCCAGGAGUACAUCAUUGAGGCACCCUCUGAAACGGCAGGAACAGGGGGAGAAGUGGCACUCAUACAGGAUGACAGAGGCGAGGUGGGGAGCCACAUCAUGAAGGUGGUACAGCAGAUAGUGAACCAGUCCCACUCUGGACACCAGAUCAUUGUGCAGAAUGUCACUAUGGAUGAGGGUGCUGCGCUUUCCACAGAUUGUGGCGACACCAUCACCAUAGCAACACCCGAGAGCCUAACGGAGCAAGUUGCCAUGACGCUGGCCUCUGCUAUCAGCGAUGGCGCGAUACUCGCAGCUGAGGGCUCUCUUGAGGCCAGGGACGGAACAGUCACUAUGGUAGCAUCCCGGGACAUCGAGGUGAUGGAGCAGGCAGAGGAGUUUGUCAUCACCUCCCCUGAGGAAGUGGAGAUACAGACGGUCAUUGUGCAGGACUGAACAUGACUCUCCACUGCUUUUUCCGUUGUGCAGACCCACAGGCUGGUGGCUUCGUGAAACGUUUUGAGAGGAGGAGAAAAUGAAAGCAAGUCCUUAAUGCUGCUGCUGAAAAGGUUUUUUUUAGUAUUUGGAGUGAGUUGCACAAUUGUAGAACGAUAACUUAUCUCAAAUACUCUGAACUGAUAUUUUUGUCACCACGCAAUGAGAAUUUUCUGUUGCGCAGUACUGACACAGUAGGUCACAAGUUUUACCAUUAUUGCUGUCAGCAUCUUCAAAUUAUGUUCAAAGAACAGUCAUCCACCCAGGCGCCUUGAGUUUAACUAACUUUAGUGAUGUAUGUUCCUUCCAUCUAUAUUUUAAAGACAAUCGUUCUUACAAACACUCUGAGCCCAGCCUUUUUCCACUAACUUCAUAUUUUAUUAGCCUUGAACUGUGAUUAGUGGUAUUGUCCUUGCUCAGUGCCAGAGACACUGAAAGGGGCAGUGGCCUUCCCCCAGAACACCUCAGCCUUACACUGAAGGAAGGCUCCCAAUGUGGAGAGCAUGAAGACGUUCAGAAAUAAGCAUGGGAUCUCCGCAGACUUUUAGUCUUUAAGCAGAGAUCAGUGAACUGUAGCCAAAAGAGGGCACAGCUUUUUAAUAAAAUACUUAUACCAUAUGUCCAAACUUAAAAGAUCACGAACUGGAAAUGGAAAUGUUUCCUUGUAAUGCAGUUUUUAGUAUUGCAUUUGGAACUAUACUAACACACAAACUGUUUCAGUCUGAUCAGAUAUAGCGCAGGGUUUCUAACUAGUUUUCAUUACAGGAGUCAAACAGUGCUCAUUAUUGUAACGUACCUACGUACGUAGAAAUAGGUUCUGUACAGGACUAUAUUUCCUUCAGAGGAACUUGCCAGAGAUUAAGAGAGCCCAUUAUUCAAUAUUAACAGGUGGGUUAAACAGGCUCAGCUCAAGGGAGGGGCAAAAGAAAGGGGUAGCAAUGGAAAAUGAUGUCAGUUCUGAUUUUUCAAAAGUAAUAUAAUUUUCCAAAAACAAAUCUAUUUUCUAUAUUGGCUUUGGUUUGAAGCAUUUUCUCCUACACUUCAUGAAACGAGAUUGAAAUGCAAAACAAGUUUCUUUCAGUAUCCUUUGUUUUUCAUAUUGGAGAAAAGUGAUAUUGUGAAGCACUUAUGUUUAUCGGUUAAAUAUAUACGUGAACUAUGACUCUUGUUCUCUUGGAACACCUCACACAACAAUGUUUUUUGCCUUUAGAGAGUACAAAAGCUAAUCACAAUGCAUUAUUAAAGUCCUUUGCCACUUUUAAA